AUGCCAAGUUCUUGCCAAGAUAUUCGAGCAGCACUGGCACAAUGUCUCCAGGAGUCGGACUGCGUCAUGGUUUACCGUAAUAAACCCUCCGAUUGUCUACGAGCUCCUCUCCUUGAAUCCAUGCCCACCAAAUGUCAACAGUUAAAGAAAGGCUACGGUGAAUGCAAACGAGGACUGGUCGAUAUGCGCAAACGGUUCAGAGGCAAUCAACCAAUUGCUGUGAGCAAGGAGAUUGAAGGAGGGGGAGAGAGAAAUACCGGUGGUCAUAUGCUAUAUGCUGGAAAGCCAGCAUUCGAAAGCGGGCUCAAGGAGACGAGUGGCAAUGAGCCCGAGGAGAAAGACUGGAGGGAAGUGGAGAACGAGAAAUACAGAAAGGAGUAG